GGAAGUAAGUAACAAAAGUCACAGAACAGGAAGGAGAGCGCUGGCCUCUUUAGUGGGUCUUUAUCCACCCCCACAGUGGUCCACCCCGCGUUCUUUUCACAGGAACUUGAAGCCCAUGGGAAAGACAUGACAUAACGACACGCCUUGGGGUUACAUGUGACGGAAGUUGUAGUCACCACACGGCUAUUUAAGUGGUUAAAGGGAAGUUGUCUUCCUAUAUUUCUAUGAGUUCACCAGAGCGUGAUCAUGGCGGGAGGAGGGUUCACGCAAGAGUUCGACGACGAAGAGGAGUACUACCAUGUUCUCAAAAAGGAGGUCCUUGAAAAUCUCCGGAGUGAGCUAUGUGAUAACCGGCUGGAAUUCGAGAAGCUACUACCGUACCUGAGGUCACAGCGCAUGCUAGACCGCGAUGCGGAGGAAAUUAUCGAAAGACGCUCCACCUCCGGAGAAAAGAUUAGCAAGUUCAUUGACCUGGUGCAGCAGGGCGGUCCCAACGCAUUUGACGCCAUGUGUGAGGCCAUGACAAAGAAAAGGACCCAAGUGCACUUAGUUACAAAAUUACUGAAGGAAUUUGACAGAAUAAAGGCAGACCCACCCUCAAACUUGAGACUUGUGUCAAUGGAAGGGUCCAGUGGUGCAGACACUGCUGGAGCCAGGCUGGUGGAAUCAACAGUAGGGUUACCAGUACCCGGGGAACCAGGGGGACCACCUGUGCCAUGUGUGGACGACAAUGUCAUAGAACGGCGUACACCAUCUCCACCUACUCCUCCUCACUGGGCCCAUUCCUGACCAAGCCUACAUGUAAAAAUGACCUCCAGGGAGUUUAAA